AUGUCGGGCUUUCCACCCCCCGGCGCCGGCGGGUGGCCGGGCAUGCGGCCGCCGAUGAUGGGACCUCCGGGCAUGAUGAAUAUGAAUCCCAUGAUGAUGAACAUGAAUAUGAUGAACGGCAUGCCGCCGCAGGGAAACGCGAUGCUGAACCCGCAGCAACAGAUGCAGCAAAUGCAGAUGAUGAUGCAACUACAAAUGCAGCAGAUGCAGCGCAACGCCGUUCCGGGCGGGGCCGCGUUUGGCGGGAAGAUGCCUGGUCGCGUUGGCGACAUGGCGCACGCGCUCGCGUCGUCCACUGCCAAAAGCAAGGCGCCCGCAAUGCACACGAUGCGAAACUUCGGCGCCUCCGGCCAGGCGGUUUACGAGAACAAGCCGCCCCACGUACUGCGGGACCAGCACCAGAGCAGCAACCCGGAAAUAAACGGCAACCCCGCAGAUCAUCCGGAAGUAGAACUAAACAACGGGACGACCACCGUUCCCCCCGGCGCUACCCCCGUUCCCCCCGGCUUGUCCGGAGUGCCCCCUAAUUUUCAUCAAGCUGGCGUCGAUGCGUCUAAUCUUGGCUCCGCGAUCGUCCCGAAAUCAGGCUCGAUAUCCUCCUCGGCGGGCGACGCGACCAGCAAAACCGCCGCAUACAGCUCUCCGCCGACUACGGCCGCGGCUGUUCCCACGACCGCCUCCACGGUGCCGCCCCUAUCCGGCACGAAGGGACCCGGGCCGGAGGGGGAUAACAUAAUUUCCUCGUCUCCCAAAGAUAAGAAAGUGACGCCGGACCCGAUCGUCAUCGUCAGCCGGAUUCCGCAGGACCUGCCCGACGAGUCCCUCCGGGCCAUCUUCGGCUGCUGCGGCCGGAUCGUGAAAUGGGACCGGCAGACCGACCCGGUCACGAACGUGCCCGCAAAGUUCGCGUUUUGCCACUUCGGCAACAUACGGGAGGUGAACGCGGUGAUGACCUUUCUCAACGGGGACGUCGAAAAAGAAGGGCUGCCCGCCAUGAAAAUUUUGAACCAGUCUUUGAUGCUCAAAGUCUCCGCCGAGAUGCAGGCGGAUUUGGAAGAGUUCCGAGCGGAGGAGCGCACAAAAUUCCGGGAAGCCAACCCCAACCUCUGCCAAAAGACCCGGGUCAAGGUACAGAAGGUUUUUUUGAAAAAUAUCCGCUUUGGUUGUUCGGGGCUAGAGGUACAACUCAGCUUCAUUCAUAGAGUUUUGUUCGAAAACUCCCGUACUACGGCGUAAAGUAUCCAGAUAUCAGGGAAACGAAUGUUCACCGCUGAUAAUUGCCGUCCCUAUCGUGUUUUACUACUAACUAGCCUCAACUUUACCCAAAAACAUCAAACUCAGGAGGGAAGCGAUGGGUCAGAUAUCGAGAUGAUUCCAAUGGCUGACGACGAGGUGGACUCUUUGCUGGCGAGCGAAAUGGACACGGUUCGCACGGCAUUACUAGAGAAUAUUGCGGCCGCAGACCGUAUCAAAUGCAAAAAUGUCUAGGUCUGGAAACUUGUAAUGCUAAAAGUUAAUGAUAGACGCACUGCAAUACGCAGCUACGCAUGACAAAUUCUUUGGCAGCCAUGUCUUACGUAUUCCGCAUGGCAAACUGCGUUUUUGCAUGACAGGCAAGAGGGCCUUUUUGUGCCUAUGCAACACAGAUUCUCGAGUCAUGCCAGACUAGCAUGACAAAUCUCGCAAUCUCCCAGACCCAGACAUAUUUGCAGUUGAUAGACCGGGAGUACGAGCAAUUUUUGCAGACGGUCACUCCCGAGCAGCGGAAGGAGCGGGAGCGCAAGAUUCAGGAGCAGGAGCGCGCCCUCGAGGAGCGUAAGCGCAAGUUGGAGGACGAGAAGAGGAGAGCGGACGACCUGGCCCGCAUCAGAAAGGAACUGGCCGAGUCAAAGGGGAAGCGGGACGAAGCGGCUAAGAAAGACAAGGAGAAAGAGCCGGAGGAACGAGACCCCGUGAAAAAACCCGAAAACCGAAGGCCACACCGGAAGGUACUACACUACCGAUACUUCUUCGCAAGAAAAGACCUUGCAUGCGUAUACAGGACAUCAACAUGAUCGUGGUUUUAUUUUUUUGUCGUGAGCUGCUUGUGCUUUUCCAAUCCCAGCAGACUACAUGCCGGGUGUUCUCUAGAAUAAGAAAUGGGGUCUAGUACUCCUGCUCACCCUUCUGAUCGACAACUGUUUCCAGGAGCGAGACCGCGAGGAACGCAUCGCGGAAGAGGAGCGACGGCAACGUCGGGAAGACGACACCGCUGUUCGAAAUUUCGAGAGACGCGAGCAAGAAAAGCUCCAGGAAUUCCGCGACGAGCUGAAGCGGCUCCAGGUCACGGAGUCGUCCUCGGGAACGGUCACCAGAAUAGCUGACGGUAUAAAUCACUGCUUGAUUCUUUACAAGUACUGCGGACACACGUCUUUGUACAAUUGUUAUUGAGUGCCUAGAUUCAGCAAGAUGAACUUGAACAAAGCAACAAGCCCCGGAAAUGAGAAAAAACCACACCCAAAAUCAACUACAGCGGACAUGCGGAUGUCGGAUCGUCGAGCGGAGCUGCUCGCAAAGGACCAGGUUCGUACGGACCUGUACCUGGCUCGCGCCCCCCGGCCCCGGCGGUCGCGGCGACGGGCCUUCCCCGGGCUGGAAGCCCGAAUGAAGCAGCACAUGAAACGCGAACUCGACGAGGACGAGGAGGACCUGGAAAAGGAACGACAGGAGAACGCCGAGCGGGAGAAGGAAGCGAUUCGGAAGGAACAGCUGGAGUUGGAACAGCGACUGAAAGCAGACGAGGAGCGCAAAACGCGAGAAGCCGUCGAACGGUUGACGGGCACAAGCGACCUGCGGCGCCGGCGGCGGUCGCCGAGUGGCGAUCGGAGGGGACGGCGACGGCACAGCCGGGAGCGCAGCAAUAGACGGGGCGAUCGGGAUGAACCGUCGAGGGCGCGCCCGCAGAAAGAUCUGCAGGCUUUGAUCCAAACCAUUCCCGAGGGCGACGCAGUCUUUGACUACCCGAUCAAUUGGGGAAUCAUCGACAAAAACGAAUUACUGGAGUUAAAGGUAUAGGUCUAUUUACGCAUAAAUUGCUUUCGACGCUUGCGGCCAAAGUGCUUCGCUCUGGCUAGCCAGAGUGCUUCGCAGCUAGGUUGCCUCGCAUGCUGGUAGCACGGCUUUAGUACUGCUUUAGCGCACUGCUUUAGCGCACUGCUUUAGCGCACUGCUUUAGCGCGCUGCUUUAGCGCACUACUUUAGCACGCUGCUUUAGCGCACUACUUUAGCGCACUACUUUGGCGCACUUUCGCGCACUGCUUUAGCGCACUGCUUUAGCGCACUACUUUAGCGCACUACUUUAGCGCACUACUUUAGCGCACUGCUUUAGCGACGAGGACUUGAUUGGCUCGGCCGACCUGUUGUAGUCUUCAUUUUUUUUUGGAAAGGAAGUAGAUGAAAUGAGUCCCACUCCUAUACUAAAGUCGAAAUGCAGUUGGUGUAAUCUGUUCAUUUUAUUCUCACAGGUCAAGCCGUGGAUCACGAAGAAGGUGAAAGAGCUGUACGACAAAGAGGAGGCGUCUGUGAUUGACUACAUUUACUCGGUGGUCCAGAAGGUGAAGACGCAAAAAAUGACGACCGACGACAUGCUGGCGGAGCUGGACAAAUUUCUCGACGACGAGACGCAAAAGUUUUGCAUCAAGCUCUGGCGCUGCAUAAUUCUCUACACGCUGCACUACAUUGACGACUCCCAAGGGGAUUAGAGUUGAACCCAAUAUCAAAGAACUCCGAUUAUAUUAGCGACACAGAAUCUACUUGUUCCCAAUGACUGAUCCAACGCGUGGUGGUGGGCAUCUUCUCGGUGGGAGAUCCAUCACCGGAUGCUGUUCAUCUUCCCGGGAGCGCUGUCAAAGAUUGACUCCUUCCUCCCUGAGACGACUAGAAAAGAUGAUUUUAAAACGACACAACCCAGCACGUUGCCUUACAACAAAAGGGGGUCUCUCUGAUUACAUGGAGUUUUUUUUUUCGAGCCCGAGUCCAG